CCUGAGACUCUUCGCAACAAUUCUAUCGUGGUUUGAUAAGGCUUACGUACUUGGAACUUGGAACUGUGAGAAUACAAUGAGAAGUUUUGUCGUAUCUUUUUGUUUUGUCCUACUACAUGUACUCUGCCAUUUGUCAACAGCAACAGUGAGACACUUUCCACUUCCUGGAUCAAAAGUCAAAUCUUAUAUGCUCCUGGGAAGUCGUAAUUAUGUGUUUCCUCUGAUCAAAAAUCGUACCAGAGACCUAAAGAUGUUCAACACAAAUGAGCUCUCCAAAGUUUUGGCAAACAAGGUUCUACUUGAAGCAGCAAAAAAUAGAACAAAGGCUGCGAUACAGAGGGUUCUGGAGCUUACUGUUGACAUGAAUGCCACGUCAAAAGACUGCACUGACAGGAUAGAAAAGCGAUGUCCUCAGUGCGUGUCUCAAGAGUGCAAACGCAGGGCAGAAACUGUGUGUCCCAAGCCAAACAUAUUUGCAAUAAUUGAACUACUAGCCAAGGAAAAGUUUGGCCAAAGCGUUGAUGCAAUAACAUCUGACGUAUUGUAUCCAGCUGAAGACUUCUUUGAUGACUCGGCAGACACUAUAGGUAACAUUAUCGAUACCAGUUGGGCAGGAAUAGAUCAUUUCUUCACCGAUAUCCUUCCUGGUCUUGGCAAUGUUAUUCCAGACGUGGGCAACAUCUUUCCAGAUCUGGACGACCUCAUUCCAGACCUGAAUGAUGUGGGCGAUGUCAUUACAGUCGUGGGCGACAUCAUUAUAGACGUGGGCGACGGCAUUACCCUCCUGGGGAACAUCCUUACAGACGUGGGCGACGGCAUCAAAGACAUUGGCGACCUCAUUCCAGAUGGGGGCGACAUCGUUAAAGAUGUGGGCGAGGCCUUUACGAUCGCGGGUGACGUCACUAAAGAUGUGGGUGACGUCAUUACAGCUGUGGGUGAGAUCAUUAAGGGCAUGGGCGAUAUAAAAGUUCCAGACAUUCCAAACACUGGUGGAAAAUGGGAAAGGGAUGUCAACAAGUUGACUCUACCUGAAGAACCAACAUGUGAUGACCUGCAGGAAAAACCAAAGGAAUCCUGCAAGAGGUACAUCAAACGUCCAGAAUGCAAAGCAUCCUGCAAUCCAACUCGAGUUUGUCCCAAACUUCAGACCCUAACAAGGAAGAACAAGGCUGCUGUCUCUUCAUACAAAGCCCAAAAAAAGGCAUUUAACAAAAUCCGCGAAAUGUGCCGAGAACAAGUCGCUUUGCUUAGUCAGCAACUAGCAGAAAUAGUAAAAGAAUUUUGUUGGCUAUUGGAUUUUAUCUCGUAUUACAAUAGAAUGCCUAUACCAUCCAGACCAUGGUACAACAUAACAAAGAUUCUGAUAUCAUACAACACAGCGACUGGCCAGAUUGUACAAAUAACGGUUAGCGUCGACAUCGGCUCAGAUAAGAACCGCUAUAUAGGUGACCUCAAAGUGACUGAAGGAUUUGGGGAUGUACCCGUAACAAUAGCUCGGGAAGCUCUGCAGUGGUACAAAGAAGAACUGGCUAAUAACAAUGCUUGCCAGUAGACACUGAACAAGAGUGAGACAAGCACUUCUAAGUGGGAUGCAUGACUAGGGUAAGGGGCUGUAGUUUUCGGGUUUAAAUCCCAUAUCAUCGUAAAGGAUAGGUGACUGGAGGACAACCGCUUAACUGGUAGAGCCUACGUCUACGACUUUGCUUAAAAGUGAGUUGAACUAAAGUGAUAAAUGGUGCCAUACGUAGCACAGCCACAAUAAAUU